AUGCGCAAAGAUGUAAAAGCAUCUUCAAUUGCUAUACGUCGCAAUGGAGUUCGUAUCCGUAAGGCUUUAGAAGUGUGCAACCUCGCUAAGCAUUCCCAGCAUUUGGUACGCAACGCAUUACCAUUGCGUGUGCUUGGCCUUGAUGUCAACACCAACAGCACAGGGUUUGCCAUUGUGACGGAGCGUGGUCCCGUAUGUCGCUGGGGCUAUAUCCCCACUGCGCAAUUCGCUAGUGAUGACGUUCUUCGUAUUGGUGGUGCUGUCGACGACUACUUAGCGACAGUGCAAGACGCUGAGCAGCAACAGCAGCCAUCAGCUCGAUGGGUCGUAGGUAUUGAAGCUUAUCUGCGAAUGUUCCGCUCCGGGCGCUUUCAUAACGCCGGUAUCUUUCAAUUGGCGCAGCUCAACGGAAUUGUGUCCUUCUCGUGUUGGAAACGCUUCAACGUACUGCCAUUGCACACACAUCCAUCAGCUGCUCGUGGGUACUUUGGUCUUAGUACUGCAUCAGGUAGCAGCGGUAAAAAGAGCAACAUCAAACAUCAGGUCAUGCAAUUCUUCGAGCAGCAAGAACCCGAGGUAGCUAGAAAAGCCGAGAUAGCAGGACAACAUGCUGAGGGAUUAGAAGCUCUGCCCAGAUUGAAACGGAUGCGGAGUGGCGCAUUAGCAGACUCAGCAUUUGACGUUGCCGAUGCGUACGUGAUUGCAGCUUACACGCGCUGUGCCUACUUGCAGAAACAGUUGGAGAUACAGCAUCCGCAACUUGUUAAGUAUUUUUCAGCACGAUACCUAGAGUUGACGUAUGAAGCAGCAGCCAAGACGAAGAAGAGCUCAAAGGAGAUGACAAUUCUAAAGGCCAUGGACGAGAAAGAAGUAUUUGCUUAUACAAGAGAAUUGUUUGCAUUUGGCUUAGAGAACUGGUUCAAAGACCAUAACAAAUGCUUCAUGCUAUACGAUGGAAAAAGUUGA